AUGUUUCCUCUGCUUCUGCUGGGCACAGUCUUUCUGCUCUACCCAUACUGGGGUGAUCAUCAAGGCCCUCUAAAAGAGACAGAAACAGUACAGUGUUAUAAAUGUGGAAAAUAUCAUCUUGGGUUGUGCUAUGACAUCAUGAAAUCCUGCCACCUGAAGCACAGACAGUCCUGUGCUGUUGAGAACAUCUAUGUGCUCACCACGAGAGGGAACAGUAUGUACCAUUAUUCAAAACUGUCUUGUAUGACCAACUGUGAAGACAUCAACUUCUUGAGCUUUGAAAAGAGGACAGAGCUCAUCUGUUGUAACCACAGUAACUACUGCAACCUCCCGGAUGGCCUCUAG